GCUCCAUCCCAGAAGACAACAAGGUGAAGGCGCUGAAAAAUGUGAAGGAGUACAUUGGAGGCGGCAAUUGCGCAAAAUUGGUUUUCGAUGUUGAGUACGAGAAGGAUGCGCCGGAUCUUCAUACCAAGCUAUUCGCAAAGAUUCCGUUUCCCUUGGGCGGCAACACUCUUUCAGAUCGUAUGGCCUCCUCCGUGAUGCAGUCUGGCGCAGAGAUCGGCGAGAUCAACGCCCAGCGGCUGCUGGAGUCCCGGCUACCUUUCCAGGUGCCCCG